AGUAACGACUUGGCUGCCUCAAGCAUCUUAUCCAACACUGCUUCCAAGCAAGAGCGUGGCAACAACAUGAACGCUUUGCCCUCUACUUCCUUCUGCAACUACCAAAUACCAAAGUUUAAGCUCACAUAUUCAAGUUUAAGCCUCAAACACAUCUCCUUAUCCCAUUUUACUACCGCUACUACUCCUCCCUUUCUCAGCAGAAGCCUCAGAAUUUAUGCUAAUUCCAACCAAGUUGAGACACAGCCUCCUCUAGAGGAGGAACCCGCCGGACUGGAAUCCAAGGAAGCAAGUAAGCCCUCCUCUGUUCCACUUGACAAAGACCUUAAGAAGGUUGUUCAAAAAACUGCUGCAACAUUUGCUCCAAGGGCUUCCACAGCUUCCAAGAAUCCUGCAGUUCCUGGAACUGUUCUAUACACUGUUUUUGAAGUCCAAGGCUAUGUUUCCAUGUUGUUAGGUGGAGCUUUGUCUUUUAAUCUCUUGUUCCCUUCAAAUGAACCAGACAUAUGGAGACUAAUGGGAAUGUGGUCAAUUUGGAUGUUCACCAUUCCAUCGCUACGGGCUCGAGAUUGCUCGAAAAAUGAGAAGGAAGCUCUUAACUAUCUCUUCCUUCUAGUCCCCUUACUCAAUGUAACAAUUCCAUUCUUUUUGAAGUCCUUUCCAGUUGUUUGGUCUGCUGAUACCGUAGCCUUCUUUGGCAUGUAUGCAUGGAAGCUAGGUUGGUUGCAAAGAGAAGACUAGGAAUCCAAUACUUGAUGGCUCUCUUCGAAUGUAGUAUAAUAGGCAUCUUAACUUUCCAUACAUUUCCAUGAUGCCUGCUCUGUUAUGGCCUCGACUCAACUUGAGAAGACAUUUUGAUUUAGCAAUGAGGCACUAUACAAGAAAAAGACAACUUUUUCAUGAAGAUAAAUCAUGGCAUUUAAGCCCAAAGGAUUUGUUAAUAUGAUGUAUUAUAUUGGGGAAACUUUAUUAUAAUAUUUGGGUUCAUUCAAACACCUGAA